AUGGCCAAGAAGUCUGCUAAGUCGUCCACGACGGCGCCCAAAAAGGAAAAGGUGACGAAGAAGGCCAAAGGCUCGACCAAGAAGUCGUCCCCGGAACCCACUCCCGAACCGGAAACCGCCGCCGGCGAAGGCAUCACCCGCGACCUCGCGGUGAAGGCCCUCAACGAAAUCUCCAAGUUCCUCAAAAACAAGGAGGCGGAAGAAAAGCUGCUGGACAAGGCGCAGUUGUUUGACGAUGCCGACGACGAGAACGACCCCAACGACGUGUUGUACUUGCAGCUUUCGAAGAAGAAGUACUUCUCUGAGAAGCCCCAGUUCAAGCCCGAGAUAAUACCCGUGACCCACCGCGUGAUCCCUGAGGAAGUCAAGAUCUGCUUGAUCGUCAGAGACAGCGCCGUCGACAGAAUCGAAGAGUUUGAGGCGUUGGACGUCGCCCAGAUCGUCCCCGUCAAGGUGGUGAAGACCGACUACAAGAACUUUGAAAAGAGACGCGAAUUUCUCAAACUGUACGACUUGUUCAUCGUCGACGACGCCGUGCUCAAUAUUAUGCCCCUGGCCCUCGGCAAGACCUUCUAUAGAACCACUAAGUACCCGUUGCCCGUCAAGGCCGGUAAGGGUAUCGUCAUUGACGAGUUGAAGGAAAACAUCAACCAAUUGUUGCAGCUGACGUCAUACAUGCCCCCCAUGGGCACCACGGUGCUGAUCAAGAUUGGCACGGUGAAAAACUUCGACCACGCCGCCGACAACUUGAUGGAUGUGGUCAAGACGCUCAACUUGGACGACUACAGAUCGGUGAUGGUGAAGUCCCGCCAGUCGCCGCUGUUGCCGUUGCACUACACCGAAAAGGUGUUCACUGAAGACGACAUCGCCGAACACGACGUCGACGUCAAGAACAAGAAGGACGACGAGGCCUUUGAACGCAAGUUGUUGGCGUUGGGUACCACCGAAGAUGUUGAAAAGGUGCUUGGUAAGAAGUUGAAGGCGAAGAAGGCCGACGACAAGAAGAAGUCGACUGCGUCGACUAAGGACGGUAAGGUGUCCAAGAAAUAG